UCAUAGGCGUUCUUUGCCUGAAGAUCUUCUGUGGACAAAGGCUUUCCAAAUAACGAAAAUGUUAAAAUGCCAUUUCAGUAUUUUACAAGUUGUUAAUUUAACUUUGAAUUAAUUAAUCAUUUAUUGUGUGAAAACAUGGCUCAGGAAACAAAGCAAUUGAUUUUAAGUAUUAAAGCUAACCAUUCUAAAUAUGUUUCUGGGGAGUUGGAUUUGAAUGAAACAUUGCAAAAAACUGAUCGUUUAUAUGAUUCUUUGACAAGUUCAAAAGAUACAACAACACCUAGUAGUAUUCUUCAGGAUUCUACUUUGUUACAACUUCAAUCGGGCAUAGCAAGGCAACGAGCAAAAACUUAUCGGCCUGAUACCCUAAUAUUUAAUCCUAUCGAAUUUUCUGAAAAGUUAUUAACAUUUAUAUGUGGGAACAUAAGAGAUGAACCUAAAGAAGGAGAACAAGAAACUCCCUCUACUUCACAGAGGUCAAAGAAAAAAAAGCCAGAUAUUUAUGCAAGAUUAUGGACUGAAAUGGGUGAGAGGGCUAACAGUAUGAUACAUGGUGUACCUGCUUUUAGUUUCCUAUAUGGCACAUUUGAUAUUGAUCCUGUUGAAAAGGUUGCCAAAAAGCGGAGAGUACAAACCAAAGAAAAAGUUGGAGAUCUCACUCGUCCUGAAUCUAUGAAAUUAAGUGAUGCUGCAAAUGACCAAGAUCCAAUGAUAAAGGAAGCAGAAAGAGUGCUUUCUAUUUUUAUGAAUUAUUCAAAGAAGGCAAAAGAAGGCAUAUGUUAUUUCGAGUUUGUUCUUAAUCAUGAUUCGUUCAGUGAAACUGUUGAGAAUAUAUUUACUGUAUCACUUUUACUGAAGGACCAACAGUUAUGUAUUUUUGAGGAUGCAAGUGGUUCACCUUAUUUAAGAGAACUAACUUUUGAAGAAAAACAAGACAGGAAUCCAUCUAAAUUAAAGCAAAGUAUUAUUAGCAUAAGCAUGGAUGAAUGGGAGCGACUGAAGAAGUUAAAAGGUCUUAAAAAGGGUUUAAUACCAUCUCGGAGGAAACGUCCAUAAAAAAUAAAUGGAGUUUAUGGCAUUGUAUAUAAAUUUCAUUUCAUUUGUUACACUAAUGUCUGUGAUUUAUCAUAUUUUAUAUAAAUUACUGACUUUGUAUGUUAAUGUAUUUUAAAUAAAGAGAUAUAAUUUUUAUAA